AUGAGAGUUGCGGUGAUCGGAGGUGGGAUAAGUGGGUUGGGAAGUGCCUACGUUCUUGCAAAAGAACAUGGAAUCGAAGAGGUGGUGCUGUUCGAAAAGGAAGAGUCUUUAGGAGGUCAUGCUAAAACGGUGCAUUUUGAGGGUGUUGACUUCGACAUUGGAUUCAUAGUCUUCAAUAGUGUUACGUAUCCGAACAUGAUAGAGUUCUUCAAGAACCUAGGAGUAGACAUGGAAAUUGCAGACAUGUCUUUCUCAGUGAGUUUUGACAAUGGCCGAGGUUGCGAAUGGGGAUGCCGCGGCCUUUCCAGCUUGUUUGCUCAGAAGAGAAACAUUCUCAAUCCGCAUUUUUGGAAAAUGAUCACAGAAAUAAAGAAGUUUAAGGAAGACGUACUAAAAUAUUUAGAAGAUCUGGAACAUAACCUUGACAUGGACCGAACCAAAACUCUAGGAGAGUUUCUCAAGUCUCAUGGGUACUCUGACUUGUUUCAAAAGGCUUACUUGGUACCGGUAUGUAGUUUGAUAUGGUCAUGUCCAGCAGACAGCGUCCUUAACUUUUCGGCUUACUCUGUUCUCUCUUUUUGUCGCAACCACCAUUUGCUUCAGAUCUUUGGGAGGCCACAAUGGCUGACUGUUUCUGGACGGUCUCAGACUUAUGUGACAAAGGUUAGGGCAGAAUUGGAGAAACGAGGAUGUAAGAUUAGAACAAGUUGCAAAGUACAAUCUGUUGCGACAUCUGAUGACGGUUGUGUAAUAGUAACAACUGAAGAGGGAUCUCAAGAAGUAUAUGAUAAAUGCAUAUUAGCUGUUCACGCACCAGAUGCUUUGAAAUUGCUUGGAGAGCAAGUUACAUAUGAGGAAACUAGGGUUCUUGGUGCUUUCCAGUAUGCCUACAGCGAUCUUUAUCUCCACCGUGACACUGAUCUGAUGCCACGGAACACUGAUGCUUGGAGCGCUUGGAAUUUUCUAGGAGGUUCUGAAAACAAAGCGAGCCUCACAUAUUGGCUCAAUAUAAUUCAGAAUCUUGGAGAGGAACGUGAUCCAUUCUUUCUCACCAUCAAUCCUGAGAAUAUACCGAAGGAAACAUUGUUCAAAUGGACCACUGGUCAUCCCCUGCCCUCUGUAUCCACUUGGAAAGCUUCUCAAGAGCUACACAAGAUUCAAGGAAAGCGUGGUAUAUGGUUCUGUGGCGCAUAUCAAGGAUAUGGUUUCCAUGAAGACGGACUAAAGGCUGGUAUGGCGGCUGCACAAGGCUUGCUAGGGAAACAUAUGGUGAAUCUUUUGAGCAACCCGAAACACAUGGUCCCGUCUCUAACCGAGAAAGGGGCUAGGUUUUUCUUUACUAGGUUCUUGAGACAUUUCAUUUUUACCGGCUGUGUAACAAUACUUGAAGAAGGAGGAUCAGUGUACACUUUCGCCGGAAAGGAUUCAAGAUGCCACUUAAAAUCUGUCUUAGUGAUUCACAGUCCUCAGUUUUACUGGAAGGUUAUGACACAGGCGGAUUUAGGUCUUGCUGAUGCUUAUAUCAAUGGAGAUUUUUCUUUUGUUGAUAAAGAAAGAGGACUUUUGGAUCUGCUCAUGAUUCUGAUUGCUAACAAAGAAUUAAACUCAAAAAACUCAAAUCAUGCUAAGCGAAGGGGAUGGUGGACACCAAUGUUUUUAACUGCUAGUUUGGCAUCUGUAAAGCAUUUUCUAAAGCAUGUAUCCAGGCAGAACACAUUAACUCAAGCUCGAAGGAACAUUUCUCGUCACUAUGACCUUAGUAAUGAGCUUUUUGCUUUGUUCUUAGAUGAUACCAUGACUUAUUCCUCCGCUGUAUUCAAGUCGAAUGAUGAGGAUCUAAAAACUGCACAAAUGAGAAAAAUAUCUCUUCUGAUUGAUAAGGCAAGGAUAGAGAAGAACCAUGAGGUUUUAGAGAUUGGAUGCGGGUGGGGAACUUUGGCCAUAGAAGUAGUGAGAAGAACUGGAUGCAGAUACACUGGAAUCACACUAUCUAUUGAACAACUUAAAUAUGCAGAACAAAAAGUGAAAGAAGCUGGACUUGAGGAUCGGAUUAAGUUUGAGCUCUGCGAUUAUCGCCAACUAUCUGCUGCUCAGAAAUAUGACAGGAUUAUAUCUUGUGAGAUGCUAGAGGCUGUUGGACACGAGUUCAUGGAGACAUUUUUCAGUCACUGUGAAGCUGCACUUGCAGAAGACGGCAUAUUUGUGUUGCAGUUCAUAUCAAUACCGGAGGAGCGUUACGAUGAGUACAGACUAAGUUCAGAUUUUAUUAAAGAAUACAUAUUCCCUGGUGGAUGCCUUCCUUCUUUAGCCAGAGUUACUUCAGCCAUGGCAUCUUCUUCUAGGCUAUGGUAAAGUAUUUUUUAUUUUAUUUUAU